AUGGCUAGCAGAGCCAAUUGUGGGUAUGAAGUUGCAAUGCAGAUUGCGUUGGGAGCUCUUUUAUUAUGCGCGGCUUCCUCCGAAGAAAUGAAUGGCUCAUCAAUAAAUAUAGGUGCUAUAAUCGCGUUAGACACAACUAAUGGAAAAAUAGCUAAAACUGCUAUUGAAUUGGCGGUUGAAGACGUAAACAGAAAUACCAGCGUUCUGAAUGGCACGAUCCUCAACAUUCAUAUCCGAGACUCCAAACAAGAUUCACUCACAAGUGCUUCUGCAGCAUUGGAACUGAUAAGAAAAGGAUGUGUAAGCAUAGUCGGCCCACAGACAUCCCUGGGGGCUAUCCCUGCAAUAAACGAUGCCUUGCGAGAUGUGGAGGCAAAAAUUGUUUUGAAAGUUGCAGUGCUUCCCCAGGCCAACAUCUCUUCAAUGAGAAAGCUUCUUGAGGAUGAGCUGAUGGGGCUGGAGUUACGAGUAUUCAUCGUGCAUAUGCAUGUUGAUUUAGCUCUAAUGCUAUUUUCCGAGGCCUCCAUAUUAGGAAUGAUAGGCAGUGAGUAUGUAUGGAUCAUUACCGAUGCAUGUGCCAACCUAUUGGACUGGUCGAAUGCUACUUCUCUCCUUUCUAUGAAUGGUUUGUUGGGAAUCAGAAGAACACUCCGACAAACUGACCAGCCAAGAAUGAAUGAAUUUGCUAAAAGAUGGAAGCAGCGGUUUAGAGAACAGAAUCCUACUAUACAAAGACUCGACUUAAAUGCCCGUGCACUAGUUGCAUAUGAUAUAGUAUGGGCGGUUGCUUAUGCAAUCGAUCGCCUUCUGCGUCAGGGAUCGUUUAAUGGUGGUUUCUCAGCGACCUCUAGCAGCACCAAGAUUUUAAAUUUCAAGAUUUUUGACGGUGGAGAAGAUUUGCUUAAUCAGAUUCUUCACACACGCUUUCUUGGCCUUAGUGGCCCUGUUCGAAUAGAUAGAGAAAGGGAUGAACCUUUGGAGUGCUCAUAUGAUAUAAUAAAUGUUAUUGGAAAUAGUUAUAACGUAGUUGGGUCGUGGACAGAAAAGAGCCUGAAUAUAUCGUCAAAACAAUUAGUUCAUUGGGGCGGUGGAUCAAGAAAGACGUCGCGUGGGUGGGUGAAACCUGCGCCAGGAAAAAAACUUAAAAUAGCGGUGUCGUGGCAGCAAGGGUUUACACAAUUCAUCCGAGUAAAACCAGAUCAUUCCAGCGUAGGCGAAGAAAAGCAGAUUUAUGAGAUUACAGGCUUGUCUAUUGAAGUGUUCAAUUUGGUGCUCAAAAGACUGGAUUAUAAAUUGCCCUAUGAAUUGAUACCUUAUGGAACUGGCAAUGUCACUGCGGGCUACUAUGAUGACAUCGUCUACCAGUACCAGGUCUAUCUCCAGAAAUUCGAUGUUGUUGUGGGAGAUAUAACGGUGCUUGCAAAUCGUAGCAAGUAUGUGGAUUUCACACAGCCGUAUACGGAGUCGGUUCUAAUUAUGGAGCUGUUGUUUGGUGUCUGGAGCACAGACAAAAUCGGCAAUUUAGAGGAACGCCUCAGAAAUAAGUUUUCUGUUUCCACACUCUUCACGACUCAAAGGGAGAGGAUUGUAAGCGGUCUGGGUAAAGCAAUGGUCCUUAUUUGGCUUUUUGUAGCUUUUGUGUUAAUGUCUAGUUACACCGCCAGCCUGUCGUCGAUGCUUACCGAGAGACUUGGUGUGAAUAAAAGCGUACUUCGCCCAUAUUCAUCUGUAGAAGAGUACGCCAUUGCACUUAAGAAGGGACCCAGUAACGGAGGGGUGUUUCCAAAGGGAUCUCCGCUGGUUUUAGACAUUUCUAAGGCUAUAUUAAAUCUUUCAGAAAGCAAAGAUAUGCAAAAAAUUAGAGAUGAGUGGUUCAGUUCAAGUGAAAGCAAAUGCAACGUGAAGUCUGAGGAGUCGAAUCAAACAGAUUGA